AUUUGCGACCGCGAGGAUCCGAGUCGCCACAGUACAGUGCUUUGUCGUUAUUAUACUACACUACAGCGAGGUCACGUCAAAAGCGAGUCGAGACUCGCAAGCGAGUUUCUCGCACCAAAACACAAAACUAAGCGGAUUUUUCUCAUUCGCCCGCGAACUGCGCGGUCAAAUUCGCAAUCGCUUAUCUCGUAAACAUAUAUAGUUGUGCAGAGUCGUCGACUUCGCACCGAACAAAAGAGGACUGUUGUGUUGCUGCUCCUGCUACUGCUGAAUGUCGUUGUAAAUUGGUGCGCACAUAUACAUGAAAAUAGCUCGAAAAAUCACCGAUAGCCCUGGAAAACGGCGAUCUAUUAUACUCGAACAAUGAUGGAUAACGAGGUGGACGUAAUUUGCAUUAGUUCGUCGGACGACGAAGAAUUUUCGAAGACACCACCUACUGUCUCCAAGAAUUCUAGAAAUAAUAAAAGGAAAAAUUCCUCAGAAGACUCCAAAAUUGAUGUAAAAAAAUUUAAAUCUUCUCCAAAAACAUCUCCAGUCUUCUGUGGAAUAUUUAAUAAAAAAAAUGAAUCGACAAAAAACAAACCUUCGACUUCUUCAGCUCCUAGAAAACUUUCAACGUCAGACAAAAAUCCAAUUAGUAACGUAAACGAAGAUAAAACAGGAAAAAAUAAGAAAUCACAAGAGCCUUUGGAAAAAUCUAGUCUGGCAAAAAAUGUACCUAAUGAGACACCAAAAGAAACAGUUACAAAAGUCAAACCAACGCUUGUAGUAAAAAAUAAAAUAGAUAUAACAAAUAGUGGAGAAGAGAUAUUUGCAAAAUUUUUGGAAGUUUGCAAGGAAAAUUGUAUCGAUACUGACAUCAAUAAAUGCAUAGAACAAUUGAAAAAACCUUUCAAUAAGCUCAGUCAUGAAGAAACAAAUAAUCAAGAGUUAAAACUUUUUAUGAGUAACAAAAUUCAAAAGAUGUGCAAAAUAAGCAGUGAUGAAUCUAAAACUGUGUUUAAACAUAUGCUUGAUGUUAAAGAAGAAUUGAAUUUAAGAUUAAAGCAGUCUAAAAUUGAACGGAAGAGUAAUGAAGAUGAUUCUGAUCAAAAUAAUGAUAUAUCACCAGGAUUACAACAAAAAAUUGAUUUAAUUAAAAAAAAAAUGCAACAAUGUAGAGACAGGAUUAAACAGCUUGAAGAAGAAGAAGUUGAUUUCGAUGAUGAAGAUAAUUCAGCUUAUAUAAAAGAAGAUCGCUAUAAAAAGAAGCUUAUAGAACUUGCCAAAGUACUAGCUAAAUAUGAAAAAAAUACUGAACUUGAAAAAAAUUUGAAUCAGAAAAUGAGAUUGUCUAAAGAAAAAAUCAAAAGUGAAAUGAGUGGCAUUUCAGUUGUUGAUGAUGAAAUUAUAAAAUUUUAUAACAGAAGAAUAUCUAAAAUUAACAAAUUCAAACACAUAGAGAAUGUGAAUGCCAACCCUGAUUUCUUCGAAACACCAGAUUUUCUAGAUGUCAAAAAUGUUGUUGUUAAAUGUAAUACCACUUAUAAUCUUAAGCUAUCAAGUACUAAAAUUGAUAAUAUGGCUUGCCAAUCAUUUAAAGCGGUCAGUCAUUACUUACAAAAGUGUAGAACUAAAGAAAGCAGAGUCUUUUUUGAUUCUAUAGCACAAGAAUUUGGCGAUAAUGAAGAUCCUGCCAAAGGAAAUCAAGAGUUGGAAUGCACUCUAAAGAAGAACAAGGAAGAAGGUGAUAAAAAAUUGUCAGAAAUAUUCAAAUUAUAUGAAGAUAAGCAAAAUGGAUUAUCUAAAGAAGAAUUAGAACAAAUGCAACAGGAUACUGGUGAUUCUAAUUCUGAUAGUGAAGAGGAACCUCAAAAUUAUAAAAAGUUGAAAUUGGAUGAUUUCGAAAAUGAUCACUGUAGAAAACAAGAAAAACAAAAAAAUAAUUAUAAAGAAUUAAUUGAUUCUGACAGUGAAAAAGAAUUUGUCAGUAAAGAAAAAAUUAACUAUCGAAAAAAAGAAAAACAGAAAGUAAAAGAAAUACAUGAAGUUACCUUAAUUGAUACUGAUAGUGAGGGAGAGGAGCCUGCUAAAAUUGAAAAAAAUAAAAGCAAUAAACAAUAUAAACAAAAAAAAGAAACUAGUAAAAAUAAAGUGACUGAUUCUGAUAGCGAGGAAGAGCCUGUCAGUAUUGAAAAGAAAAACUAUAAAAAACAAGAUAAAACUAACAAAACUAAAUUGAUUGAUUCUGAUAGCGAGGAAGAGCCUGUCAGUAUUGAUAAGAAAAACUAUAAAAAACAAGGAAAACAUAGAAAAGACAAAACUAACAAAGAAAAAGUAAUUGAUUCUGAUAGUGAGGACAAAUAUAUCAGAAUUGAAGAGGUUGACUCUAAAAAACAUGAAAAACAGGAAAAAGAAAAAAUCAUAGAAGUGGAAGUGAUUGAUUCUGAUAGUGACGAAGAGCCUGUCAGAUGUAAGGAAUAUAACUAUGAGGAACUAGAUGAAAGUUUUAGAAGUCAACUGGUUGAUUCGGAUAGCAAAGAAGAGGGUGUUGCAAUUAAAAAAGAUAGCAAUAAAAAACAAGAGAAAAUGGAUACCAGUCAUUUGAUUGAUUCAGAUGUUGAGCAAGCUUCUGUCAGAAGAGAAAACAAUAACUUACAAAAUCAAGACAAAUCUGAUGAAAGUGAAUCUAUUGAUUCUGAUAAUGAGGAUGAGCCUAUCAAAGCUAGAGAAGAUAACAAUGAAAAACAUGACAAAACUAAUGUAAGUCAAUUGAUUGAUUCAAAUAGUAAGGAAGAGCCUGUCAGAAUCAAAGAUGAUAACUGUAAAAAUCAAGAACAGAAAAAAGUAAAAAUUGACGAAAAAAAAAUUGAUGAUUCUGUCAGCGAGGAAAAUCUUAUCGGAAAUGAAGAUAAUUAUCUUGAAAAACAAGAGAAAACUAUAGAAAAUAAAUUAAUUGACUUAGAGAGUGAGGAAGAUACUGUCAGCAAAGAAGAAAGUAACUACCAAAAUAAAGACAAAACUGAUAAAAGUGGAUCUAUAGAUUCUGAAAAUGAGGAGGAACUUGACAAAAUUAAAGAAGAUAACUGUAAAAAACAAAACAAAACUGAUGAAAAUAAAUCAUUUGAUUCAGAUAGUGUGGAAAAUCCUGUUAGAAUUGAAGAUGAUAGCUGUAAAAAUCAAGAACAAGAGAAAGAAAAAAUUGAUGAAAAAAAAAUAAAUGAUUCUACAAGUAUUGAAGAUCCUAUCAGAAUUGGAAAUGAUCACCAUAAAAAACAAGAUGAAACUACAGAAAAUAAAUCUAUUGAUUGUGAUGGUGAGGAAAAACUGGUCAGAAUUGAUAAUGAGAUCAAUAAAAAAAUAGAUAUAACAAUUGAAAGGCAGUUGAUCAAUUCUGAUAAUGAAGAAGAGCCUGUUGAUGAAAAAAACAAACUGAGCGAGGAAGAAGAAUGUAGCCAAAAUCCAAAAAGUACUUUUUCAAAUGUAGAAGUUAACAAAAAUCAGAAAUUAACUUUUGAUCUUUAUUCAGAUGGUGAGGAGGAAAGUUGCCAACAAAGUGAAUUAAUUAAUGAAGUUGAGGAAGAGACGUCAAUUAACAAACUGUCUUCAAUUGCCAAUAGUAAUAAUGUCCUAACUAAAACAAAUGAUGGAAAUCAACUUGAGAACAUUGAAUUGAACAAUAAAGAAAAUUCACCACAUUACCAAUCAUGCAAUAUUCCUAAUCCUAGUUCAAAUGUUGAAGAUAAUAUUUCUGAAAAAAUUGUGGAACUUGUGAGAAAGACUGCAAUUGAAAAUGAUGAACCAGCAACUUCAGUGGGAAAUUCAGUGGAAUCAGAAAUAGUAAAGGAUUCUAAAAAUAAGACAAGAAUAGAGAACCAAAAUAUGAACAAGGAAAAUUUAGAAAAAAACUGCAUGAAAAAUUCCACGGAAAAAACUGACAGUGCCGACAAAGAUUCAGACGAGCCUGCAAAAAAACAGAUUGAAGAAAAAAAUUCUGAAAAAUAUUCUGAAGAACAGAAUAUUGAUAAUAAAAGUACAAAACAAAAUUCAACCGAAACGAGCCCGAAAGAAGAAAUUUCUCCAAUAAAGAAAGUAGAAGAAACACCGCCUCCAAAACCUUUAUUAAAGGUAAAGCCAUUUGGUUGCAUGCCUACAACGUGGAGCGAUUCACCAAUAGUGCCGACUUCCGUUCCAUCGAAUGACACGGACGAUAGUGUUAUAAUAUUAGACGAUAGUGUUGUUAUAUUAGAUGAUUCGGAUGCAACUCCGACACCGCCGCGUCGGCAGCCGCCUCCAACCCCUAAAAUUACAAUUAAACCAAAGAACCAGAUGAAUAAUUAUAGGCCAGCAGGUUACAUUUCAAACAAUACAACACCCCGACGACCACACCAGCAAACACGGUGCCAGGCACAACCGUUCCAACCAGGAUCGACACGGCAAUCAACACAACACGGCAGACAACGCAACAACCAUAAUUAUAGAGAGCAUGGGGCACGUUACAAUAAUAGCGGCAGACCUUACCACAAUAAACCAUUUCGCAAAUGAUCUUUGAUCAAAAAUCGUUGUCGGAGUAAGAGCUCAGUUGCAAGAUUUCUUCUCAGCCUUGCUCCAGUUUUUCGUACUUUCUAUAUUAUUAAUUAUCAAUCGAGUCAACACGUAAUCAUUUUUUGUUAGAUCUUCAACGACGUUGAAGUGAUCGUAAUUAUCUCGUACCAGCAGGAAUUCCACUCUGUCGAUCAAUUUAAUCAACCUCUGAAAAAAAGUCAACGCAAGAGCUUUAUUUUUGUGAUAUAGCUGUCGAUACAAAAAGUAUAUAUAUUUAGUAGU